CUUCUCCCAAGGAGGGGAAACAAGAACAUCUCACUGAACCUCAGUUUUUCAUGGUCAAAACCACGGGUUUCAAGAUUUAUCAAACCCUGCUAGCCAUCCCGUGAUCCACGACUUCUGAUCUGGCGACUGACAUCCACGCAAGUAGUUGAUAAAAGACUAUAAAAAAUGUCUGGCCUGAUCGAAUACUCUCCGACGCAAGCUGGGGAGACUCUUGAAGUCGAACAGCUCUCGCCGGAUCUCUUCAAGCUGUCAUUGACAAGAGACAAUAAGUUCAAUCUCUUCUCCGAGGCCAUCGGCAGCUUAGAUUCAGGCCGCGGAGAAGCAGACCUCAUCCUCAGCAACCUCCAAGCAUGGUCCGCCGAGGCCGCGCAACGCUUCCAGCGACGCACCUCGGACGUCAUCCUUGACACUCCAUUCCGGCUGCUUUGCUCGAGUCCAACCGGAAUCCCAUUCGACAGUCGUUUUGUGAUCCGACAAUUUCUGGCCAUUAGUUACAGUUGGCACAACCCUAGUUGGCCGGGGACACCUCAAUCAAUCCCAGAGCCUGGAGGGGUGUGGCCGGUCGGCAAAAGUUUCGCCGACGCAAUUUUAGAACAACGAGGCCACCCGCGCGAGGGAAUGUGGAUAGACCAGGUCUGCAUCAAUCAGCGUGAUGAGUUUGAGCAGCAAAGAGCUAUCGCGUCAAUGGACGUUGUCUACAAAUCUUGCCGAAAGCUGGUUGUACUGCUGGAGGACGUUGAGCUCACCAAUGACGAGGCUGAGUUGUUCGACCUGUAUGAUGGCUACAGGUCUCCGUAUGCUCUCGAAAGGGGCCCGGCUGAUGAUAGAGAGAUUUCACUCUUGAUUUCACUCUAUGAUAAAGUGGCCGCCGCCCGGUGGUGGCAGCGUUCAUGGUGUUACCAUGAAUUCGUUGUUGCCGAGCCGUGGAGUGACAAGCGACAUCAACGAGUUCACAAUACCGUCUUCAUCCUAGGCCUUGGUAAAGAUAGAACAGUUACGGUAGAGUGGACUACACUGCAUGCAAUUCUAGCGACCAUCACAGUACAGCUCGGCCAUCAGAAUGAACGGAGCAUUCAUCUCAACCCAAUCCUCUCUGGGUUCGCGAAUCGCACAUCCCCGCAGUUCGACAAUCCAGAUCGUAAGGUCGGCGAAAUCCGGUCCAGCUUCAUGGCGAAAUUCAACGCCAUCGCGCAGACGGGUUGCCUGAUGCCUGGUGACAGGCUCAGCGUGUGCCUCAAUCUCAUCGGUCUUGGCCUGGCAUUCUUCCGAUCCGAGGAGCCGACAGUAGACGAGGUAUACUAUCUGGCAGUUCUACUCGCCCUGGCAGCAGGCGAAAAGACGCCACUUGCUUUCACUAACAUAGAGCCCCUGACAUUUUGCGGAAAGGGAUCAUGGCUUGCACGACCGGUUACGGCGGCGGAUACCACGCUUAACAAGUUCACGUUGGGGGAUAUCAAAGGCAUCCAUGCCUUGACCUUCAACAAAAUAGAAAUCGACAUGAUUUUCUUUAAUCGGGGUGUAUUAUGGGUUUCAGAGGAGGAACUCCAGCGCACAUAUUCCAUCUUUCCAGACAUGAUACGGAAUACCCCGCCACCGCUCAAAGCCCAGGUUAAAAUGCCGGAGUUCCAGUCUGAAGAGAAAAUGGACAAGCCACGGAGACGAUUCCUUGCUGCCGUGCUGUCGAGUGGGCCAGACCUAUUGAGGCGCCUUUGGGCCCAGCUCGAUCGUGAAGUGAUAAAGUGGAACUACAACACGGGCAUCUUUGCAGACUUCAAAUUAAACGAGAAUUUGCGUCUCGGAGCGGAAGAGAUGCUCAAGGCUUUUGCCAAGAGCGAUCAGGGUCUGGUUGACAUUGAAGACGGCCUCACAGUCGAAGUUGCUGCAGCAUUCUUGACAUGGAUCACGGACCCAAGAUCAAUCUACUGGAUGUCGACAUUUGCCCUGCGACUUCCGUGCACACAAGAGGGGAAAGAUGCACUUUUGACGGGGUUUAGCUUCACAAAGAACUUCCGACAGAGUGACAUUGACACCCGAAUGAGGGUGGCAGUGCCGACGGAUCUGCUGAAAGAAGACUGCGCGUGGAUGAGGGCCUGGUUGCUAGUACCGUUGGAUGGCGAAGACGUAGAUUCAAAUGGGGUUUGGAAAGUCGCGGGUAAAACUUUGCUCCUGGGUGAGCCAGAUCUAUCUGCAAAGCUGAGACAGAUGAAGGAUGGCGGAUGUUCAGACUCAUUUAUGGGCCUACAUACUAGACAGGUCAUCGUAGGUUGAUCAUGGUGAAGAAUAACGGGCGAAUAGGCAUUGCGUGUUCCUGAGAGUUUGAUUCCUAAAGUCAUAUGAAAGUGAAGAAGUUAUUUACUUCGUUAUUUAGUCUUGUUAAACUGAUACGUGGGAGCUGUGCAUGGACAAUGAGAAGCACGUAGCUUUCCAAGAUCUUAGGUCCG